AUGUCGACAUCUUCGAUUCCAGUUGUAUCUGUUCAAUUGAUUUAUACAGUUCAACAUCCUUGUCGUGUUGUCAAUUGUGAUCGUGCGAUUGAAACACUCGGUGGUCGACAAAGGCUCGUUGAUGUAUUUAGCCAUUCAAGUACAUCGCAAUUAACAUGUUCGUUUACUCCAUCAAAUAUCUACGAACGACCUUUACGGGCUGAACGUCAAAAGACAACGGGACUUUUGAUUCGUUUACGACGGAAUAAACGAACAAAAGUUGUUCAGUCUGUUCAUGUUAUUGGUGUUCUCGACACGUCGUAUGCAUUUGAAUCACUAGCUGAUUUCCAGUAUUUACCAAUGAUUAGGAAAAAUUAUCAGUAUGAAUCAUUUCUAAAUCGUGUGGCAUUGAAUAGACAAUGUUUAGAUAAAGAAAAUCUUGAACGACCGUGUCCGUUAAUGUGCAUUCCAGCAAUAUUCUCACGUUUUUUCGAUCCGACAGAUUAUGCCUUUCGACCUGAACCAAAAGCUCGACCAAAACGAACAGCAACGACGAUAACACGCACCAAACAAGCAGUUAAUAGUAACAAACUAACAAAACGAAAUGUUCGAUCUUCUGCAGCACAUCACAUUGGAUUCGAUGCAGCAGCAGUUCCCAAAGGUAUAACCUUAAUAUUUCCAUUUCUAUUCAAACAUUCAAUAAAGAGAUUUACCAAUAAAUUAUAUUAUUUAGGUCCCAAAUCGUCAAACGAUCUUUAUACAAAUGUUGACCAAUCGAUUAUAACCCAUCUUCGUCGUCUGUUCGAUCAGCGGCCAAUAUGGACUCGAAACAGUUUAUUAUACCAUUUGAAAAUCACCGAAGUUAUUCUUAAACGUAUUAUUCAUCAUGUCGCCUAUUUCUUUUGCAAUGGCCCAUGGAAUCGUUGUUGGGUGAGAUACAACUACGAUCCGCGUUCAGAUCCAAAGUCCAAAAUCUAUCAGAUCGUUGAUUAUCGCGUUCGAGCAAUUCUCGAUCCGGAGAAGAACUUAGUCAAAUCAAGAACAUCAAGAGCUUAUCAUCGUUCAUCAUUGAUACCUGGUCAGAUGUCAGCUACAUCUACAUCAGUUUCUGCGUCAAAUAUGAAAAACUAUGCGAAAUGUACAUGUUUAAACGGACGAGAACAGGAGUGUACAGAAAGUGAUGGAUGGUGUGUUGUUGAUUAUCAAAACCGUGCGCGAGAAAUGAUGUCAGCUGCACAUGAGCAACUUUAUCGUCAAUAUCAACGAGAACGUGAGAAUAAUACGACUGGCGAUGAUGAUGAUGGAAGUCAACAGUUAGAAGAAGAUGAAGAAAGUAAUGAUGAAGACGACGACGACGACGAAGAUGAAGAAGAUGAUGAUCAAGAUGAAGAAAGCAAUGAUGAAGAAGAAGGUGAUGAUGAUGAUGAAGAACAAAACGACUCGCGCGAUGAAACCUAG